AUGUCAUUGGAUUUGUCGUAUGAAAACAAUCAAAACUACACUUCGAUCAUUCUGAUUGGUGCUUAUGUCUAUCCAGAAUACAUUUCAAUCACUCUAAACUCACAAUACAUGUCUAAACAAUAUUUGUAUUGUCGGUAUUUUGAUUGUAAAAGGAAAGAAAUUCAGGGAAGCGAAUGGCAAGGAUUAGUAUUCCCCGAGUCAGUCAUUCACUGCCCUAGAAGAAUUGGCGCCGAGUUUGUAUCUGUUUCGAAAUUCAAGACAGAUGGAUUUCCGACUCCAAUGAGAUUGACUUUUCGAGCUUUUGAGAAACCAAUCCACGACUUCACUAUCUGCGUGGCCCCACUAUAUGGAAACGAACCGAAAUGGAUUCAAAUUACCGAGUUCAUUGAGCAUCAUAAAAUGGAGGGAGCCUCAUUCUUCUACUUUCAUAUCGGAGCCAUUUCGAGUUACGAUAGAAGGAUUCUGGAUGAAUAUGUGAACAACGGUGACAUUGAAGUGAAGGUUCUACAAGAGAAAUAUGAGCGACCGUUCUACGCAUGGCAGUUGAUUGAGAUUCAGGAUUGCCACAUGAGAGCAAAAUAUCAUUCAAAAUGGACUGCAUUCAUUGAUAUCGACGAGAGGAUUUACACUCAAAAUGGCAAUAUUUUAGACUUUUUGAACUCUGAAGAUAACGGACGGAUAGCUGAAAUUCAAAUUCCUGUUUUGAAUUUUGUAAAGUAUGAAGAUGCGCCUGAGAUUUAUAACGAUGAAAAUCAGCUUCAAAAAGAAUUGAUUUCAAUGAAAUAUGAUAGAACAACAGGUCUCACGUGGAAUGCAUCAAAAGCGUUGGUCAGACCGGAAAAGAUAGGAAUAAUGUCAAUUCAUUAUGCAAUUGCAUUGGAACAUGGAUAUGUCUCAUUGAGAGCGGAUGCUUCGGAGAAGAUUGCGUUGAGACACUACAGAUCCACACAACACCGAGAAAAUGGGAGUAACUGGGAUGAAGGCUUAGUGGUAUUUGAGAACACAUUACCUUCCGAGUUUUUAACAGAAUUAACCAGGAGAGUAAUAGAAAAAGUGAAGUCUGUCUACGAGAAGGUGCCGGCAAUUUGCUCAUAUAUUCCGAGAGUGAUGUGGGAGUCAAGGGAGUUUCCUGAUCCAUGUGAGAAGAUGUUGCUAACAUGGUGA